AUGGAUGUCGCUACCCUCGUCACUCAAAUGCAGGACACACUGUCACGCAUUCACCACACUCUAGCAUCACUCGACCAAACCAGCUACGACUCAAAGAUCGACGAGCUCGAGAAGAAACGAGAUACGGCUAUUCAGACGCUAAGCGCAGAUUUCGCGGCUGAGUCGGAUUUUCUCGACCGGAAACGCAAAGCCCUGCGAGAAGAAAUAGCCGAGAGGCGCCGGAGGGAGGACGAAGAGCUGGCUGCAAAAGAACGCCAAGAGGACGAGGAACGCAAUAGGAAGCUGCAGCUCGACAAGGAUGGCAUCGAGGAGGAAAUAGACAGUCUCAUGUGCCAAGUCGAAGGGGAGGCUCAGAUGGCAACUGAGGAGGGCCAGAAGAAGUUGCGGGAGUUGGAAAACAGGAGAAGGGAGCUAAGCCGUCUGAUCGAAGAGCAGUUUGAGGCAUCACUCACCUCGGUACAAAUUAGGUCAAGAAGGGGCACUAGAGUCAACGACAAGCUAUCAGAGUCAGCAAGCCCAGUAGCUACUAUUGGCAGAAACCUUGCAGAACAACACCAAGAGCCAGGAGAUGUCUCAGGGGAAGCCAAUGUGGCGGAACAGACAGACCCUCUCGCUAGCUUCCCGCGGUCAGGGGCGAAAGAUGCCGGUCAAGGCCGUCUGGAGACUUCCCCUGAAGCCCCUGACUCGAGUAAACAGCUCCCAGGGGAAGCAGGACACCGAUCCGACGACAUCCAGCCCAAUUCUGGCAACAAAAGCGAAGAACGCUAUAGUACUGUCGAAGAUGCUCCGCCACCUGAGGAAGAACCGGAGCAGCAGCCAGAUACAUCGAUCCUGUCGUGCGCAAUAAGCACGACCCCUAGCCACAGUCACUUCGACUCGUCUGAUCAUGAGGAAGUCUCCUCAGUCUCUACAUCCGGCGAUGUGUCCAAGCCAGGACUAGCUGGACGUCCCAAUCCGGAUGACGCAUGCUGCCUCUCCGACUAUGGGUCUGAAGGCUUCGAGUUCCGGGACGAUCUUGCCUCGCCGUUCGACGUCGCACGAAACAGUUACAUCGAGAACAGCGAUCUUAGCCGUAUUGACCGGCUCGACAUGGGUUUGCCCAGGGCGGACUCGGAAAUACUCCGCCACGGGACAGUGGAGAAGUUUGCAGGUGUGGAAGACGCCGAGUUUGGGCAGGGUUCUCCGUAUUCUCCAUAUCCGCUCGGCCAGCCGCCAAAUCCGGGGGCGGUUUCUGCUCCUAUGAGUGGCACUAGGAUUGAGAGUUGCGUGACUGAGGGAGACUCCGUCGACAUAUCCAAUUCGGUCGUCUCUGUCCAGGGCUCGCUGCUCCUGGAGACUCCAGAGCAGGAAGGUAAUGCUGACAACAACGGGGCCGAGACCGAAGCCCAACAUGGAGGGACUCUGGUUGAGCAGGGGAUAUCUAUACCGUUCACUGACCCGGGAGCCGGAGGAGCCCAAGCGGUGAUGUUGCCCCCUUCUCCCGAGGAUGCGGCUGGUAAAGGGUCAUAUGACGAGCGCGAAGUAUCGUCCAACGGGAGGAGCGACUCUGGUCCAGAACUUGAAGACCAAGGACAAUCAAUGCCUUGUUCAAUCGAGGCGGGAUUACCUGAACAUGGCGAUGGUGAUGAAUCGGUACCUGGAGAACAAGAAUCGCAAAUAGCCGACUUGGAAGAAAUAUGCCAACCUGCCGAUGGUGCAGAUAGGCCUUUGGAACCCGAUUAUCACGAACGCCUGCACGACCUAGCAUCGGCUGACGAGACGAGCGAGGUCGACGAUCUCCACACUCAAGGCCAAGAGGAUGACCAUGCUGACCCUGACUCUCCACCCUUUGUUACCCCGAUGGCCACUGGCGGCGCUCGAUCCCCGAGCCUGGCUGACGUGGAUUCCCCCCUUGUUGGUGAAGGCCAGUCGGAACACAGCCGACACCAAUACCGUCUGGAGGAUCAACAUACCACGACAGUCCACGGCGAGAAUGAGCUGUUCGAUGAUGAAGACAGCGAGGGGGUAGAUCCUGAUACGCAUCUAAGCUCUGCGUCAAGAGUCCCUGCAACAAUCCAACGGUUGGAGCAUUCAAACUCCACAUUCCUCAGCAGAGCGUGGAUAGAGGAAGUUGACAGCUACUUUGACGAGGAGGACAAGCCCGAGGCAAGACUUGAUAUCCCGCCUCUGCAGCUCAGCCAACAUGGAGACCCAGCAGCUGCUGAGCUAGCCACAGCUAGUUCGCUGUCAGAACGUGCUUCCACCGCCAAUAGCGACGGCUUUCUAGAAACUGGAGAUACUAGCAGCAAUAACAGGCCCCGGACGCCUAUGGAGAGCCAGUUCAUGGGCUCGUCUGAAGAAACAACCCCUGAGGACACUCUAUCCAGAGACAUCACAAACGAGACACGGCUUGGAACCGAGGGGUUCUGGACUCCCCGGUCUUUGCGCGCCCAGAGUGCAUUGUCAAUGUCCUCGGCCCAAUCCCCUCCAGCACGAGAUACACCGGGUGCAAGCCAACACGAACCCCCCUUCGGUAGCAGCCCGGCACCUGAAUCACCCGGUUCCCAGAGCCAACCUCCCAAUACCAACCUGCAAUCGCCCGGAUAUGCUGUUCCCAGUAGUGAAUCCCAAGACCCGACGCUUUGGAAUCUGCAUCUUCAACAACAUGACCGUCGAUCAUCAACCCCGGCCACCAACCACGACGUGCCAGUGAGCACUCGCAGCCGAUGGAGCAGCGAAAACCCCUCUGCUACCAACACUACUACUACUACUACCACUAGCACCACUACUGGCAGCCUCUUCCAGAGGAUGCGCAACAUAUUCGAGCCACACCCACAGCAGCAGUCGAUCGCCGCCGUCCAGAACCAGGCGAACCGGAACAGUCGCGACGGGACGUCAUGGUUCCAUUUCGACCGCACGCCGAGUUCGGGUUCAACCGGUUCCAGAACAGAGAUCCGCUACUCGGCACCGCCCAUGCCGCGCCGAGCGUCCUCCGCGGUUACUACUACUAGUGGUGGCACUACUCGCACGGUUGAUAACAUCACUACUGGUAAUGGUAGUACAGGCCAAGCGGAUGGAAGUGGCGAACAUGUGCAUGCGGAUGUGCAUACAAGGGGAAGUGGGGAUUUGAAUGGGAAUGGGAAUGGGAAUUGA